CCAGCUUUCGUCUGUACGUUUCAUAAACGUCCACCCAUUUCUCAAUCUGUGUCUGAAACUGGAUUGUGUCAUUACUCUUCUUUUCCAACCGUGUCACAGUAAGCCUUUUGUCGCGAUCCCAUCAUGUUAACGGUUCUGCUGUUUCAAAUUGCACUCGUUUAUAGCGCGUCAAUCGCAAUUGAAAUUGUAACUCCGGAUCGGUUGAACGAGAUUGCGGACACCUUGAUUGAAACUUACAUGAACGAUCGUUGCGUGGUUAUAAUUUCGGCGAGUGGAUACGUGGCAUCCGGUUCUGUUCCGGCAGUCUACGUGAGCGCUUAUAGUCAGAAAAGUGCAGAGAGUUUGACAAACGCGAGCUUGACUUCCGAAGAGCGUUACAAGAAAGACGUUUUAGCGCCGGUCCUCGAAUUAGGGUGCACCGGAUACCUCGUGCAGGCCGAAAAUCCUGAGACACAGUUUCGGCUUAUAGAGAAAACGUUUGUUCACGUGAUAUCAAGAACCCAGCGCAGAUUUAUUUUUCUACCAACAAUCGUCCAGAUCAGCGAAAGCUCUACGUGGCUGCAGUCGGAGGUCCUCGAUACCGGUAAUUUCGAUUUCCAAUCAAUUUUACACGGAGAAUCUGUGCAGCAUGUUACCGACGUAAUUUUUGCCGUUCCGAAUAAUCGGACCGGUGACGUGGAUCUGUUCACGCAUCGCUUUUCCGGCCCAGACGAUGUGGGUGGACAGGAAAUUCUUCUGGACACGUAUGAAGUGGAAAACAGAAAAGUCAAGCUUGCGGCGAAUCUUUUUCCGGACAAGGUCAGAAACCUUGAGAGAAAAAUUCUGAGAAUUGCAGCGUUCGACUAUCCACCAUAUAAUGUCAUGAUCGAUAACGAAGGCGAAAACUACCGAUUUGAUGGUGCCGAAUGGCGAUUUGCCGUGGAAUUUGCAAAACUCCACAACUGCUCUUUGAAACCGGUCGUCGACAACGAGGACUUGUGGGGUGUCAUCAACGAAAACCUCACCGGAAAUGGAGUUCUUGGAAACUUAGUCGAGGACAAAGCCGACGUGGGAAUAGCUGCCUUGUGGUCCUGGCACCACGAGUUUCGUUUCCUGGAUUUUACCGCGCCUUCUUAUCGUGCGGGAAUGGCGUGCUUUGUCCCUGAACCAAAACGGAUCCCGCAAUGGUUGUCGCCGAUCUUUCCAUUCGCCCCAUCACUCUGGGCCACCUUCAUAACCAUGAUAUUCGUAUCCAUUGCUUUCACUGGAAUAGUAAUACGGGGUGAAAGCUUCGUAAGGUUCGAGAAUUCUUCCAAAGUGAACCUGAGCGAGAUCGUGCUGACGGUGCUUGGAGUGAUGCUGCUGCAGGGCCUUGUCAAGGAACCCGACAGACCUUCGUGGGCCGCCCUGGCAAUGACUCUCCUAGUCGUGUCGUUGCUGCUUGCUACUGCUUACGGAAGCAGCCUAGCAUCUGCUAUGACGAUACCUAGAUUCAAAGCACCGAUAGAUACAGCAAAGGAAUUAGCGGCGAGUGGGAUUUCAUGGGCAGGAAAUCACGAGUCCUGGCUCUACUCAAUCAUCAAUGCCGAGGAGCCGGAAAUGCGGACCCUGGUAAAAAACUUUCGUGUGCUAACUCCAGCGGAACUGGCCAGAAAUGCUGCCAAAAAUGAUUGGGCCUUUCCAAUCGAGCGACUUCCUGGUGGUCUUUACAGCAUCCAAGACUACCUCAGCAGUGAUGCUAUUGAGAAAAUGCACAUGAUGAGAACCGACAUUAAUUUCGAAUAUUGUGUAGCAAUGCUGCGAAAAAGUUCACCGUACACGCAGUGGUAUACUCGGCGUAUACUUGAGAUUCAGGCGUCAGGAAUCCCUUCUUACUGGGGAACCGACGUCGUUCAACAGCACCUUGAUAUACGUACUCAGUUGGCUGUUCACAGCGACAACUUAGUGACCCACGAUCCAGUGAAAAUGACAGUUGGCCAGGUGCAGGGAACGUUUUACAUUCUGGCGAUUGGACUCGCGAUAAGCGGAUUGGUUUUCCUGAAAGAGUUGUACGAUGCACAAAAAUCGACUCGUCAACGGAAAAAGGAGAUAGAAGGGUAUUAGGUAUUAACGACAAUACGGAAAAAUAGUCACUUUUGUAGCCCUAAUUUUUUUUUGUACUAUGCACAUGUUUGGAAGAAUUGAUGGAAUACUCAACCGUACGAAUGUGAAUGAUAUUCACAAGUAAAAGUUUGCGAAUCGUAUCAUUAGACCGAUAGCGUUCAAUUUUAGCGUCUGAAAUGAUCUCUUUCUUGGAGAGCACCACAAAUACACGUUCGAGUUUAAUGUGGUUACGAAACCAUUAAAAACAGUAUCACAAAUGGAAAGAUAUAAAAAGAAUGGUCGUAUAAUGUGUUGCACGAGUAUUGCUGUAGACUUUUCAUCAUUCUGUUCAGUAUCACUCGAAAAUUCAUACGUUUACUAGUGCUACACACUCUAUUUUCCAACUGGUUCAUUUUAUUCUAGUACUAUAUUGUAAUCAUGUGCACCGCUUGCUGCGCUAAUACUUAUGUGUGACAAAACUAUAUCGUUAUAAUAAUUAGUACAAGCGUGACGACGGUUACACGUACCAUAAAAUUACAUUGCUUUUAUGCCGUGGCGACGUGAUAAAUUUUUGCCGUGCAUUUCAAACGUUCACUAACGACUUGAUUUGCAGGCUAGUAACAACAUACUCAAUAUCAAAGUUAGAUUGUCAUGGAUCGCAAUUUAGUUCCGAUUUGGCUUGUGAGGCAUUCUCCAACAGAUCGGGGACUUUAUUUUGGAUUUGUUCGGAUAUCGCUUAUCAUUGGCCAUAAAUAUUUUAGUACUACAUGUUUGGAAGUAGUUAUUGUGAAUUUUUUCAGAUUUAUUCAUCACACCUACAAGGAAAUGAAUUUAUAUGUUAUAAUUCGUAAUAUUACUUAGUUCGAGCAGGUCAGGCAGAAAAUUUGUAAUCACAAACGAAUGUUGUUAUUCACUGAACUUUGUAAUGUUAUGAAUAAGAACUUUUUAUCAGCAUAAUGUGAAGUCACUUGCGUGACUCUUUGUGAAUACACCUUUCGCAACCAUUCAAAUAGGAAAAAUAUACAGAUAUUAGAAAUAAAAA